GGGAAGGCGCGGCUGCUCACGCACUGGGAGCAGAUGGACUACGGGGUGCAGUUCACGGCCUCCCGCAAGUUCCUGACCAUCAUGCCCAUCGUCCUGUAUUUUCUAACCAGCUUUUACACCAAGUACGACCGGAUACACUUCGUCAUCAACACCAUCUCCCUGAUGAGCGUCCUGAUCCCCAAACUGCCGCAGUUCCACGGGGUCCGGAUCUUUGGGAUCAACAAGUACUGA